AUGGAUCCCGCCGUCCAACGUCUCCUUGCUGACAAGCUCUACGACAAAAGGAAGCAGGGGGCCCUCGAGCUUGAGCGUUUCAUCAGAGAGGCUAGUGCCGCUAAAGAGUACGACAAGAUCCGGAAGACGAUUGAUCAGUUGUGUUCCGACUAUGCAUAUGCCGUGCACAUUCCACACCACCGCAAUGGAGGGCUCAUUGGUCUAGCCGCUGCUUCGAUCGCCCUGGGCUCGGAUGAGGUUGCCCGCUAUCUGUCUGAUAUUGUUCCACCUGUUCUGGCGUGCUUUACCGAUCAAGAUGCCCGCGUACGCUAUUAUGCCUGCGAGGCCAUGUACAACAUUGCCAAAGUCGCCAAGGGAGAGAUUCUGCUCGCCGCCGACUCAGAGCUCUCGGUCAAGAACGGAGCCGAGCUCCUCGAUCGUCUGAUCAAGGACAUUGUGUCCGAGUCGGCCGCCUCUUAUGUCUCAGUCCUCAACUUCAAUGAAGACGGCGAAGAACUCGAGCCAGACAGGGACAGCGCCGAUCUUCCCACAACCUUCUCCCUUGCAAAGUUCAUUCCUCUUCUUGAAGAGCGCAUUCACGUCAUCAAUCCGUUUACCCGCACCUUUCUGGUGUCAUGGUUGACGCUUCUGGAUACCAUUCCGGACUUGGAACUUGUACACUAUCUACCAGCUUUCCUCGGGGGCCUCUUCAAAUUCCUCGGAGACCCGAAUCGCGACGUGUAUGUGGCAACUCAGGGGCUCCUCGAACGCUUCCUCAGCGAAAUCAAGAAAAUCGCAAAGAUCAAGCGUGGGAUCGCCGAAAGCCGCCGCAGUCGAGCCGGCAAUCGCAAACCUGGCUCUGGCUCCGACACAGGCAGUGCCACAGGUCGCGGCAGUCAAUCAAAUGACACUGCCAUUGAAGAUUCGGAGUCUGGAACCGCCCAAGACGAACUCAACGAACUCGGAGAGCACGACGGUGAUUGGAUACCGGGACAAGACGUGCAGGUGGACUACGCCCAAAUUCUGGACAUCCUUCUCAAGUUUGUCGAUGUGUCGUCCAGCAAGGAGACGGCACCACAAUUACGACUUGAGGGUUUGUCAAAGCAAAAGGAAGAGGAGAUCGGGAUUGUUGCCUUGCGGUGGAUUGACAGCUUCUUCGAGAUCAGCCCGGAGGAAAUUCUGCAGUUUGUACCUCGCCUGUUGUCUCGGGUUCUGCCAGCACUGUCGGCGCAGUCGGAGCAAGUCAGAACAACGGCCAGUAAGGUCAACAGGUCGUUGAUGGACUACAUCGUCACUUUUCAGGAUGAGGUGUCAACCGAAGACCAGAGCACUCACGCAUCUGGCACCCUAACCAGCAUUACGACACGAGAUGGCGAAGGUUCCGAGAAAAGACAGUCUGGCGGGACAACCAAGAGUGUGCCUUCUCAAACAGAGAGUAAAACGGAGACCUCUCCCGAAGGCUCCUCCGAGAUAGAACAGUCGCCUCCAGAGGUCACCCCGAGGUCUACUGCCGCGCCAUCACCGCAACCCAUGGCCGACCUCGACUAUGCGGCAGCAGUGAAUGCAUUGACGCUGCAAUUCCUCAACGAACACGAAGAGACCCGCGUGGCGGCCUUGAGCUGGCUGAUCAUGCUCCACAGAAAGGCACCCAAGAAAGUCCUUGCCUUCAAUGACGGAACCUUCCCGGCCCUGCUCAAGACGCUCUCAGAUCCGGCGGAAGCGGUCGUGACGCGCGAUCUGCAACUCCUGUCGCAGAUCUCCAAGAACAGUGAAGACGGAUACUUUACAUCCUUCAUGGUGGCUUUGCUCCAGCUCUUCUCGACAGAUCGGAAGCUCCUGGAGAUCCGUGGCAACCUGAUCAUUCGUCAAUUGUGCAUCAACCUCCAACCUGAGCGCAUUUACAGGACAUUGGCGGACUGCAUCGAAAAGGACGAAGACAUCGAGUUCGCCAGCAUCAUGGUCCAGAAUCUCAACAACAACCUCAUCACGGCACCUGAACUCGCGGAGCUGAGGAAAAGGCUUCGCAGUCCGGACAGCAAGGAGGGACAGAUGUUCUUUGUGGCACUGUUUCGCGCCUGGUGUCACAAUGCUGUGGCCACGUUCUCGCUGUGUUUGUUGGCCCAGGCGUAUGAACAGGCUUACAAUCUACUACAGAUCUUCGCGGAUUUGGAAAUGACAGUCAAUAUGCUCAUCCAGAUCGACAAGCUGGUGCAGCUACUGGAAAGCCCAGUCUUCACAUAUCUGCGGCUCCAACUCCUCGAGCCCGACCGCUAUCCCUAUCUUUACAAAUGUCUCUACGGUCUUUUGAUGUUGCUUCCUCAGUCCUCUGCCUUUGGCGCUCUGAAAAACCGCCUCAACAGUGUCUCUGCCAUCGGGCUGUUACAUACACCGGCCUCGAUGCCGACUUCAGCCAGACCAUCAGUGGGCGCCGGGAUGUCUUCGUCCUCCCUGCCCCCAACUACGGGCGGGGCUUUAAACAGCACCGUCAGCUCCCGCCUCUCGCGGACGCGUGACGCCACCGCCGCCAUCGGCACUAACGACAUUAAAUGGCCCGAACUUCUCGACAAGUUCAAACAGACCCAGGAACGUGCCAGACGCCGGAACGAGCGGCUUCUCCGGGGUGACCUCGAUGCCGAAACUCCCAGUUCUGCGAUCCAGAGCGCCGUCGACGAAGCCGGCCGAACAAGUCGUGCGAGCUUACGGGACGGCGGCAUCGGCGGGGUAACAGAUGGCGAUGCAUUCAGAACCGGGCACAAGCUCCACAGUGGUCGACCUUUGAGCGGUGUUGGCGGUACCGGCACCGGGUCGGGGCUGGUGAAGGCAGGGAGUGGGUUGGCCAUCACGGGAGCGGGAGCCGCUGGCCCGGGUGCUAGAACAAUGGGGACCGGGGAAGAUCGAGUUGGGCCGCACAAGAGAGGCCACAGUCUCGCCGGGGGUUUUGGGAAGUUUGCGAGCGGGAUAGCCAGGGCGGGGGGGAGUAAGGACCGAGAGAAGAAGAAGUAA